CGGAUCUCCCAACUGCCAUCUCCCAUUGGAUUAUUAACAAUGUUGCAGCUGCAACUGACUGUGGUCUUUUGCCUUCUGGUCCUGGCCACCUGUAAAGUGCACAAACAGAGUCCAUCGAACAGUUGGCGGGAUAUGCUCUUCGGCAGCAAGUGGCUAACUCCCGCUCCGCGGUGGCGAGAGUCCAAAUUUUUGCCCAUUUUCGCCCUGGUUCCCAUCGGUCCUGGCAGCUGUUCGGCGCCCUCGGGCGAACAGGGAAAUUGCAUUCCCAGCAAGGAUUGUGUGCUGAGGAAUGGCAUUCCAGCUGGUCCCUGUGGCGGUGGCUAUGGCGUCUGCUGCAUCUUUCUCCAGACCUGCGGCGGUGUCAUUCGCGAGAAUUCCACCUACUUUGUGAAUCCCAAUCAUCCGGAUGUCUACGACGGCACCGGAAGCUGUCAGGUGACUGUCCAAAAACUCCAUCCGGAUAUCUGCCAGCUGCGCCUGGACUUGGAUAUGUUCUCGAUAGCCCCUCCGGAGGCAGCCAAUCAUCUGUGCAACCAGGAUCAGUUGCUGAUUUCGGGCGGCAGUCCCACGCCCACAAUUUGUGGCAGUUCGACGGGAGAUCACAUGUACAUUGACGCGGGUCUUGGCCAGAGCAACCCGAUUGUUUUAUCGGUCAUCACAAGCGGUAGCUUUCCUCGUCUGUGGCGCAUCCGCGUCACCCAAAUCCACUGUGGCAGCAUCAGUCGAGCGGAUCAGGGCUGUCUGCAGUACUACACGGCCAUCAGUGGGCGCGUGCGCAGCUUCAACUACAACACGAUGGCUGGGAGACAGCUGUCCAACCAGGACUACAGCAUCUGCAUCCGAAACGAACGGAACUUUUGCGGCAUUCAGUACAACGCCUGUCCGGAUCUGGAGAACAACAGAUCGCGGGCGUUCACCCUUUCUGGGAACUCCAACAAUCCGGUGCCCACAAUGGUGGGCGGUGGUGGUUCAAUGCCUCCCAAUCUCAACGGCUGUGUCAGCGAUUGGCUGCUGAUUGGCUGCAUCAGGUCGGCGGACAGGAUUCCUCCUCUGCCAGGUUGCGAGGAUCGCGUCUGUGGAGGCACCUUUAGCGCAGAAGCUGGGAUGCUGGCCAAAACAGUGCAAUCCAGCGUUCGUCCAUUCCGGCUAUAUUUCCAUACAGAUGGCGUAGAGGCGCCCAAUGAUAUUGAUAAUCGAGGUUUCUGUCUCGACUAUGUGCAGCAGCCAUGCACAAAUGGUUUUUAACCGCAAUACUCUUUACCAUAAACCCAAGACAUGAACCACGCGACUUAAAUCGCUAGGAACUUGUGAUCGGCGCAGCAAAAGUCGCAGGCAAAACGCGCACCUUUUUCGUAUGUAAUAAAUAUGUUUUAUUUAUUGAUUUUCGUAAUUAAGUUAGACAUAACUUUAAGAUUUAAUUUAAUUUAGAAAGCACAAAUCGUGUCGUAUUUUGGUACAAAUUUAGUGACGUGGUCCGGGAUAUCGAAAUUUGUUGCGAUCGAAAUUCUAACAUUAAAAUCGUUUCCAACUACUAAUACAGGUUUAUUGAGUUACGUUUAAUUAAUAAUACUUAGCUGAAGCAAAAACAAAAAAUUAAAUAACAGAAAAACACGAUGAAAAACGCUUUUGUUUAAGGACAUUUUCGUUGCAGUUGAUGAUGUUGCUGGUACUCAUUGAUGUCGUGGCAAACAAAUAAAAAUCAAAAUAAACAAGUACUGAUGAUGCGCACGUUGUCGUCGUAUAAAACGGGGUUUUCUGGGUUCGCUUGCUCGCCUGAGAUCGCCAAUUUCAGUCUGUGCGCGUAGUGCCCGACUUGUGACGUCACUGGGGGAUGGGAUUAUCUCUCGGAUGUGAUGCGGGUAUCUACGAUGGUAAUCUGCUAAUCCUAAUAGGUUUGUAUCAAGGCAGCCACAUGCUGUUUCUCCUCCUCGGUCAGACCGUUUUUCAGCGUGCGACGUAC